GCAACUCCGCCUUCCCUGAGUCCCUCCAGAGCUCAUUCCCCGAGCCUCGAAUUUGUCUGAGACACUCCUCGCCAACAAUUCAACUUGCCAACUUUGACUUCCCGACUUUCAUUGCAAAACCGCAUUUUCGCAACGUUUUUUGGAGCAGCAGAAAGCAGAUCACAAUGGCCGACAACACGGUGACUCCUGAGGUCCUCUGGGCGCAACGCUCGUCCAACUCGGACCCGGAGAAGAACUUCAUCUACCUGACCAUCAGCGUGCCGGACGUGCCGAGGGAGAACCUCAAGCUCGACCUGAAGCCGACGGGGCUCUCGUUCACGGGCCACUCCGACACACUCAAGAAGACGUACCACGUCGAGCUCGAGUUCUACGCCGAGAUCGACCCGGCCGAGAGCAAGGUCAACCACUCGGCGCGCGACGUCGAGAUGAAGCUGCGCAAGAAGGAACUCAACGAGUCCUACUGGCCGCGCCUGCUCAAAGACACCAAGAAGCAGCACUUCCUCAAGACCGACUUCGACAAGUGGGUCGAUGAGGACGAGCAGAACGAGGCGGCCGACGACGACUUCAACUUUGGCGGCAUGGGCUCGGCUAAAUAUGAUUCCCUUCUCCCUGCAGGAGGACUUCCGGGCAUGGGUACUCUCGCAGGCGACAAUGACUUUGGUGGCAUCGACUUCUCUAAGAUCGGCGGCGGCAACCCGAGCGGUGACGACGACGAUGAGUCGGACGACGAUAUGCCGCCACUCGAGGGCGAGGAGGAGGAGGAGGGAGAGGACAAGGGGGAGAAGACGGAGAAGAAGGAGUUUGCGGAGGACGCCGCGGACGCGAAGGAGGUGGUCAGCUCCUAG